AUGUCUACCAGGAAUUUUGGCCUAUCGCCUCUUACACUGUCACGUCUCGGGAAGACCCCGCAGGAACUGCUCAGCAAUUCUGGUCCACGGUGCGGAGUGCGGAAAGAUCAUGCUAUCGGGGGAUUGAAAGAAGAUGGAAGAGGGACCAGCAGGGAAACAGAAACUGAAUGUACUUCUAAAUUGAAGCCAUGCCUGUAUAAGAACAAUUUGAAGAAUAGCACAUUGUUCGAAGUUCCAGAUGGUUCCUCGAGGUUGGAAUUCAACAAGGGCGUUAUUCCCGAUAAAACUGUCGUUGACAUGUACUUCGAUAACUUGCAAUGUAAUAGUUCGUCUGGAAGGAAUAGUUGUAAUAAGGUGGGGAAAAUGUCUUACAAAACCAAGUGGGAAUUGGUAUGCGAGGAAUAUAAUGCACAAAACGGCGUAAUAUCUGAACAAAAUCCGGAACACAUAGAAGUAGACCUAAGAAGACUCCUUGCCAUGCUCCAAAAAGACCAACAAGAGAUCGUAUCCCAGGGUAUGUGGUUCCAGCUAGAGAAGCAAUUACGGGGCAGGAACGCAUGUCAUUAUUUUAUCGAAUCUAACGGUAUAGCAAUUAUUCUAAGAAAGCUCGAAGCUGUUACGAAGGAAACUGAAUACGCCUAUCUCCGCUGCUUCAAGACACUAAUCAGCCAUGAAAAGGGCCGGCUCGCGAUACUUGACAAUUUAGAAGCUAUCGGUAUGCUUUGCCGAUUUAUCGCCAAUUCUGAGGCCCAGGUGCGUACUAGGCUACUCACUACAGAUAUGCUCUUACUACUAACAUACAUGGAUAGUGUGAAAGUCUCAAAAGAAUUGGAUAGCGUUUAUGCUCUAUGGUUCGACACUGUCACUGCAAGCAUAAACGACCUUGAGCAGUGGCAUAGAUCGUUCACCAUACAGAAGCCGCAGCAGUUGAUAAUCGACUACUGUGUGUCGACUAUGUUCCUUAUAAAUUCUAUUGUGCAGGGCCAGGCAACAUACAGCGAUAAACGGAAGAUAUUGGUUUUGUUAAACGACGCUGGCAUACACACAAUAUUCCGAAUAAUUCUUCGGUCUGGAGAUCGUCUUAGUUCUGAGAUUUUACUUGACCAAGUGUCCAAGUAUAGAAGUAGAGAAGCUGAGAUAAACUCCAAAUGCGCGACAGAAGGUCAGAUUGAACCAGAGAAAACAUUCGAGACUCAGAUCAAAACGAUCAUUAGUUUAACUCAGGGUACUGAACUGGGAUGUUCGAUGGCGCAGUUAGUUGACUCAGUAAUGCAAAUCAUAACCUUUCGCACCUCUGCAGAAGCUCUCAAACUUUUGAAUCUCUUACAAGCUACAUUUGACCACCUUCUAGAGAACUACCAUAAAGAACAGAUGCCAAGUGUUGAGGAAGCUCUGAGAAGCUCCAUCAGCAGGCUAAUGGAUGACCUUCAGGCACAGCAGGUUAAUCGGCGAGCUGUGCAAGAAAUGGAAGAGAUGAAGCAGAAGAUGAUUGAAAUGAAAGAGACAAUGAGGCGACUAGGGACGCUGACUCAUGUUCAGAAAUAUUCAGGGGUCGGUCCAAUGAUCCGCGGGAAGAGUAAUCAAUCGAAAAAGAUGGAUUAUAUAGCGGAAUUGGAGGAAAAACUAGAAGCUAUUGAGCGGCAAAGGAAAACAGGCAACCGGCAGAGUGCUGUUAUUUCAGAUGAGAGCACCCGGAAGGAUACCGGAUCGUUAUCAUUAUUUGAUUUACAGGGCGCCAGUGCCCUUCUACCUUAUUCAAAUGUUGCGAGAUCGUCGACAAUAGCUAGAAGCAAGCGCACUUGCUUUGCCUCUGUGCUGAAUGCUGAGAAGAACAGACGAAGCAUAAGCGGACCUGAAGGUAUAACGACUGCAGAUGCGGAGAAUGGAUACCGCUGCUUAAUCGCAAGGAGUAAGCACCAUAGAAAGUUGCACGAAACCUAUCCGGCGCCGUUGGACGAACAGACGGAUUCCAAGGAUCUUUCUGCACCAUCUCCUGUCCUUUCGUUAGCGUCAAAUGUCGUUGGUCUUCAGAGAAGGAAACCAUCCACCAGUACCUGGGAUACUAAAGCACUGCCUGAAAAUUCCUCCAAGUCUGACUCGUCUGCGGCGUCACCAAAUUUGAUUACGAAUGAGGAAAGAACAUUGCAAAGUCCAGAAGCUUUAUCUGAAAUAGAAGAAAAGAAGGAAAUCGGACUUGCGAGUCCUAUGACGCCACCACCACCACCACCACCCCUACCUAUCUCAUUGAGCGCUACCGGAUCCUUCCGUUGUUCAUUGCAGGGUCCAGUUUCUCCUACUUCACAGCGUGUGAAGCUCAAGCAGAUACAUUGGGAUAAGAUUGAUAAUAUUAAGGAAACAGUGUGGAAUGAGCAUAAUGAAAGAAUCUCUACAAGCACGAAGCUAGAGACAUUUGGUGUAUUCAAAGAAAUUGAAGAUCUUUUUAAGGUGGUACCUGCUACCCCGAAGACCGCCAGUUCGAACUCCCCAACCCAGACCACCAGAAAUGGAAAAAUAAGACUAUUAUCCAAUGAUUUGGCACAGCUGUUUGGUAUUAACUUACAUAUAUUCUCUCAUUAUAGCACCGAAGAGCUCAUUGAUAUGGUUCUUCUUUGUCAUGCAGAGAUAUUACAAAAUCAGCGCGUAAUAGAAUUCUUCAGCAAGGAUGACAUUAACCAUAUCCCGCAAAGCACACAGCGCAUGUUUGCACCAUAUGAGACUAACUACCUUACUGGGAAAACCCCCGACAAGGAUCCUGCGGUCUUGGAACGCGCGGAUAGAAUAUACUUGGAACUAUUUUAUAACUUGCGGUCAUAUUGGGCAGCUCGGUCAAAAUAUCUCUUGGUGCUUUUAACAUAUGAGAGGGACUACUACGAUAUUCUCUACAAAUUGCAGCGAAUUGAUGAUGCAACGAAAGCAAUUCGGAGCUCGAAGAAGUUAAAGCAACUAUUCUUUAUCAUCAUUGAAAUUGGUAACUAUAUGAACAAUAAACAGGCCCUGGGAAUUCAAUUAAGCUCUAUAAAUAAGUUAGCCUUUACGAAAACCAGCAAGGACAAUAAUUUAUCAUUCAUUCAUGUCAUCGAACGUAUUAUACGGACAAGAUAUCCGGAACUACAUAAUUUCGCGGAAGAUCUCGAGAAAGUACAGGAUAUGGCGAAUAUCAUCGUCCAGCAUGUCCAGCAAGAGGCGCAAGAGUUUCGGGAGCGCAUUAGUAAUUUGGAACGCUCACUUACAGUGGGAGCGUUAUCAGACUCAUCUAGGUUUCACCCCAAGGAUCAGUUUUUAUCUAAGACUGCGUCCAGCAUCCAGCAUGCUAGGAAAAAGGCUGAGCUACUAAUUGACCAAUCCACCCUCACCAUGGGCGACUUUGAAAAACUUGUCUCAUACUGGGGAGAGGACACAAAGGAUAUACAAAGCAGAAAUACCUUCUUUCAGAAGUUUCUUGACUUUGUUGCUUUGUUCAAGAAAGCCAGCAAGGAAAAUAUCGAGCGUGAGGAAAUACGCAGGUCUCAGGUAAAGCGGGUGAUAGAACGAGUUCCUAGCCCAGAGAAAACCAAGUCCGUUGCCCGCUCCACACCUCUGUCUGUGGGAACCGAGGUAGAUGAACAACACGCAGUGGACGUUUUACUCAAAAGAUUACGCGACGUGCGCUAUCAGGAACCAAAGUCCUCAAAAGACCACACAGAGCCGUACAAAUCCCAGACAGUAAGGGUUAGGCGGCAGAAAGAAGAUGGCGACUUAUUGUCGAGAACAAGGGAAAUGUUGAUGGGUGUAAAGAAGAUUUAG